AUGAGUUCCAGCACCUCACGUCGGCGGCGGCGUGUGGACGACGAUGAAGACAACGAUGACAGCAGCACUGAAGGCCACGGUUCGCCUUCUGGAGACGAGAGCUUCAAGCGACGGCGAUUGGACUCCGAUGACAACGAGCAGCCACGGCGAAGCACCGGUCAGCCAGAUAAUGGCAAGGGAAAGGGCAGAGAAGCUGGUAAGGACAGCUUUCAACCAGGCGCCAUCGUCAGAGUCGCUGUAGAGAACUUUGUCACCUACGAAAAGGCCGUCUUCUUCCCUGGCCCGAAUCUCAACAUGGUCAUUGGUCCCAACGGCACGGGGAAGAGCUCUUUGGUCUGCGCCAUCUGCCUGGGGCUUGGAUAUAGCCCCAAGCACCUUGGCCGCGCGGGGACCGUCAAGGAAUUUGUCAAGCAUGGCAAGGACACGGCAACCAUCGAGAUCGAGCUUUACAAACGGCCCCAAGACCGAUCCAAUUAUGUCAUUCGAGUCCAGAUUCGCCGUGAACAAAACAUCCAAAAAUGGUGGCUGAAUGGCAAAGAGACGACGCACAAGAGGAUACAGUCGCUGAUGCAUGCGCUCAAGAUCCAGGUGGACAACCUGUGCCAAUUUCUUCCACAGGACAGAGUCGUCGAAUUUGCCGCCUGUACCCCGGUGGAAUUACUAGGCGAAACUCUGCGAGCCGCUGCUUCCGAGGAAAUGCAAACGUGGCAUCGACAGCUCCGAGAGCUUCAUAGGGACAAGAAGGGACUGGUCGAGGCCGUGCACGAGGACACCGAAACCCUGAAGAAUCUACAAACUCGCCAACAAGGCUUGCAGGCCGACGUGGAUAGAAUACGCGAACGAGAGGAGAUUCAGGAGCGAGUUAGCAAUCUCAAAGGCGCCCUUUCCAUCGCCCAAUAUCAAGAAGCACGCAAUAGCCACCUAGCGGCAAAGGAGCCAGUCAACCGGAAGCAGGUCUACGCUCAAGAGAUUGAGGCCGCCAUUCCGUCAAGGGCAAAGGCCUUUAGGGAAAGUCAGGUAGCGGCGCAGAGUCUGGCACAAGAAAUCAGUGCUGCAGUUGACGACGUCAAAGAGUGGUCGAAUAAGAUAGGUGCAGAGCGCAAGGGGUUUGAUGAGAAAAAGAAGGAGAUUGCAGCAUCAAAGCUGAGGAUCACAAAUCUACAGGGAGAUUUGCAAAACCGACCUUCUGACUUCAAUGCAGGAGAAUGGAAUCAAAAGAUUCGAGCCGAGGAGCAUAACCUGCGCGAAGUUGAAGGAGAUCAGCGUCGACUAGCCGCUGAGACAGAGAGAGUCAAAGGACUUGGAAGGGCGAAGAUGGAUGAGCUGCGGAAACUCAAGGCAGACUUGGAGUCUCUUGACACACAAGAGGGCCAACAGCUAAGCUUCAUGCGGAGACACUUCCCGGAACUGGCUACGGCUUGGGAUUGGGUUCAAGAGCAUCAGGGUGAAUUCGAAAAAGAGGUUUUCGGUCCACCCAUGCUGUGUUGCUCAGUUAGAGACGAGCGCUACUCCAACUCAGUCCAGGCCUUACUGCAAAACGACGACUUCCUCUGUUUCACAGCACAGACCAAAAAUGACUACAAGAAGCUGACCAACCAGCUGUACCGCGAGAUGAGUUUAUCCGCCGUUAUCAGAACCUGUUUGCAACCUCUCGCUGCUUUCAGGUCUCCUGUUAAUAUUGAUGAAGCUCAAUCGCUGGGCCUGGACGGCUUCGCGCUCAACUAUUUGGACGGUCCUGAACCGGUUCUUGCCAUGCUAUGUGCUGAAAAGAGAUUGCAUCAGUCCGGCAUCUCGUUGAGAGAGCAUACCGAUGACGAAUAUGAGAAGCUUGUCCAUAACGGGAAAAUCAACCAAUGGGCAGCCGGAAAGCAGCAGUACAUAGUUCGUCGACGAAAAGAGUAUGGUCCUAACGCAAUGACAACAGUUGCCAAGAGGAUCCAGCCGGGAAGAUUCUGGACCUCUCAGCCUGUAGAUUCACAAGAGAAGGUUGAGCUUAACAGGCGACUAACAGAGGUCAGCGGCGAAGCAGAAGUCUUGAAGUCGGAGUAUAAGGAGCUGAGGCAAAAGAUCGACCCUCUUGAAGACCAAAAAAAAGACAUACAGGGUAAAAUUGAACAACUGAGAACGGAGAAAAACGCGCUGCAGCGAGAGUUCACCAAGUGGCAGUUGAUACCACAAAAGAUAGAAUCCGAGGAGCGCCAUAAAGAGGCAAACGAGCUGGCCAUGAGAGAGGCCCGAGAAAGAAUCAUCGACCUCGGCUUUGGAUGGGACAAGGCAGUGGUAGAAAGAGCCAAACUCGUUCUUCGCCAUCAAGAGGCCCUCGGUGACGUUGCAAAGGCCCACGAUGAUCUCAUUGAGGCCAAGAUACGACUCAUUGAGGCCAAGUCCGACAUUGAGGGUCUCAAAGCCCGCAAUUCUAGUAUAAUGGAAAGGCUUGAGGAAGAGAGACGUGUUGUGCAGCAAGCUACCGAAGAAGCUACCCAGGCCAGAGAUCUAGGUCGCGGACUGCUUGACAGGGUUCGGGACCUCAUCAACGACAACCCCGAUAAGAAGGAUCUAUACAGUUCCUUGGCUGAAAACAGAUCACCAGCAGAUAUAGAGAUGGAUAUCUCUGCUGAGCAGGCGAAUCUCGAGCUCAUUCACGCAGCGAACCCCAACGUCAUUCGGGAGUUUGAGAGGCGUGAGCAGGAGAUUGCUAAACUACAGAAGAAGAUGGGUACACUAAGUGACAAGCUUGCCCGCUUGACUGGACAACUAGAUGAGCUGAUGGGCAAAUGGGAGCCCCAGCUAGACGCCUUGGUGUCCAAGAUCAAUGAUGCCUUUGCCUACAACUUUGAGCAGAUCAGCUGUGCUGGUGAGGUUCGGGUCCACAAGAACGAAGACUUUGACCAGUGGGCUUUGGACAUUAUGGUCAGAUUCCGUGAAAACGAAUCUCUUCAACAGCUCAAUGCCCAUCGCCAAUCCGGCGGCGAGCGCGCCGUCUCCACAAUCUUCUUCCUCAUGGCCCUCCAGUCCAUGGCCCAGUCCCCCUUCCGCGUCGUCGACGAAAUCAACCAGGGAAUGGACCCCCGCAACGAGCGCAUGGUCCACGAGCGUAUGGUGGAGAUUGCUUGCCGCGAGCACACUAGCCAGUACUUCCUCAUCACGCCGAAGCUGCUGACGAACCUGCGGUAUGAUCCCAAGAUGAGGGUGCUCUGCAUUGCUAGUGGGGAGCACAUGCCCAAGGAUGGGACGAAGCUUGAUUUUGGGAAGUGUUUGAGGAUUCAGAAGACGCUUAUGGCGGCUGCGGCGUAA